AUGCGCCUCGCCGGAACAUUCCUCACAGCUGCGGCUACCAUCACCGGCGCCGCUGCUGCCCCUGGCACAACCAUCCUCGGUCCACGCCAGCAGUCCUCCACCAUCACCGUCGACCUCACCCGCACUUUCCAGAAAAUGGAUGGCUUCGGCUUCAGUCUCGCCUUCCAGCGCGCCAAUCUCAUCACGAACAUGUCUGACAAGACCAAGCAAAAGGAGCUCCUCGACCUCCUGUUCAACCGCACCACCGGAGCAGGCUUCACCAUCCUCCGCAAUGGCAUUGGCUCCACACCCAACAGCAACUCCGACUUCAUGAACACCAUCGCCCCUCGCAAUCCGGGGGGCCCAAGAGCUACGCCCCAGUAUGUCUGGGACGGUAAAGACAGUGGCCAGCUCUGGGUAUCCCAACAAGCCGUCCAGCAAUACGGCGUGAAGCAGAUCUACGCCAACGCCUGGUCAGCCCCAGGCUACAUGAAAACAAACAACAACGACGCCAACGGCGGCACCCUCUGUGGGGUCCCGGGAGCAUCAUGCUCAUCCGGAGACUGGCGACAGGCCUACGCCGACUACCUGGUAGCUUACAUCAAGUUUUAUGCUCAGGAGGGCGUUCCCAUCACCCACCUCGGCUUCCUCAACGAGCCAGACUACACCGCCAGCUACGCGAGCAUGAGAUCAGACGGGAACCAAGCAGCCGACUUUAUCAAGAUCCUCUACCCAACCCUCGAAGCCGCCAACCUGACCAGCCAACUCGGCAUCGCCUGCUGCGAGACGAUGGGCUGGGGCAGCGCCGUCAACAUGAUCAACUCGAUUCGCUCUCAAGGGCAAGAAGGAAGGCUCAAGACUGUGACGAGUCACACUUAUACUGGUGGACCGUCAAGCCCGAUGAAUAGUCGGAACCCUGUUUGGUUUUCUGAGCAAUGUGAUUUGAAUGGGCAGUGGACGACGUCUUGGUACAGCAACGGCGGUGCAGGGGAGGGCUUGACCUGGGCGAAUAACGUGUAUUCUGCGGUCGUGAGCUACAACGCGUCGGGGUACCUCUACUGGGAGGGGGUUCAGUGGCCCAACCCCAACACCAACGAAAAGAUCAUCCGGGUGGACAACAGGACAAACACUUAUGAAGUCUCAAAAAGGCUCUGGGCGUUUGCCAACUGGAGCAGGUAUGUCCGGCCGGGGGCGGUCAGGGUUGGUACGUCGGGGGGUAGCGGGGUGAGGACGGCGGCGUUUCGGAACGAGGAUGGGACGAUUGCUGUCGUGGUGAUUUCUACCACGGGGAGUGCGGUGAAUGUGAGUAUUCGGGUUAGUGGGGGGGGGACGCCGAUUUAUGCGCAGGCUUUUGUGUCGGAUAAUACUAGGAAUGCGGCGAGCACGCCGGCGACGUUGGGGGCAGACGGGACGGUGAGUGGGCAGGUGGCUGCAAGGAGUAUAACUACGUUUUUUAUACUGCCUGGGGCGAGGAAGUCGUGA